AUGCCUGCUAUCAACAACGCCGUUGUCGCUCGCGACACCCUCAGCCACAUCGUCCGUCGUGAAAACUGGGCUCAACAAGAAGCUGGCGUUAUUGUCGUCUUUUGCAUCGUUUUCGUCGUCGCUGUUGGUCUGAUCGGUCUCUGGAUAUCCAAGGCUGUUGCCAAGCGAAGAGCCACGAAGGCCGCCAUCCCCGCGUAG